UUUCUUUUAGUAUUGACGGUAGCAUUGACGUCGAGUUGGGGACUAGCGGUCAGGGAUGACGACAUCUGUACGACCCCUGCCUGUGAAGCCGCCGGAAAGAUAUUAAAGGCUAAUCUCAACGAAACGGUCGACCCGUGCGACGAUUUCUAUGAGUUCGCGUGCGGGGGUUGGGAGGCGUCCCACAAGAUUCCGGCCGACAAGUCAUCGUUUCUUAGUUUUGAUAUUCUUGAGGAUCAGCUCAAGAAUGAUAUCAAGGAGUCGUUGAGUAAAGCCAUCGCUCAAAAUGAUUCAAAUGCUGUGAUCUAUGCUUCCGGUCUCUACAAGGGAUGCAUUGAUGAAGUACAACCCGAUGCUAACGAUACGGUUACUCAUAGAGUAUAUUACGAUGCCCCAAACUUUGCUUUGGGUCGCAACGAAUUGGUGAAUAUGAGUGCUUAUCCCGAUAUAGUGAAGGCUUAUAAGCAAUAUAUACUACAAUCGGCACUACUAUUGGGCGCUAAGGAUGACAGUCAGACCACCAAAGAUAUUGAAGAUUUGGUGGCAUUUGAAUCAAAACUGGCAAACUUUUCGUUACCACAAGAAAAGAAAAGAGAUCCCAGUGUUUGGUAUAAUAGGAUGACAUUUGAGGCAUUCAAUCAGUUGUCGAGCAAUAAAAUAGACUGGCUCAAUAUAACCAACAGAAUAUACAAAGAGUUGAAUUCAGAAAUUCGUGUCAAAAGUGAUGAGUUGGUUAUAGUCCAAGACAUUGGCUAUUAUAAGAGCGUAACAGACCUUCUGGAGAAAACUCCGACUCGAGUGGUGGCCAACUAUUUGGGAUGGUUGGCGGUCAUGAAUCUGGGAUCCCUUACCACUAAGAAGUUCAGGGAUGUUGUGUUCAACUUUGAUAAAGUGGUGUCGGGUGUGGAAAAGGAGGCCGAGUUGUCGGACAAUUGUGUCAGUAAUUUAUUAUCAAGCAUUCAAUACGCUGUGAGUCGUCUAUACGUUGAUAAAAAUUUCAGUCCAAAGGAUAAGCAAGAGGCCUCGAAUAUAAUAAGCGAUAUAAAGGACUCAUACAAUGAAUUGAUUAAAGAAAGCGAUUGCUGGCCAAUGCCCCCGGCUAUGGCGGACGCUGCCUACGGGCGCACACAGAACUCCAUCACAAUUCCCGCCGGAGUUUUAAAGACACCAUUUUUUGACAGUCAAAGACCUGCUGUAUUAAACUACGGCGCUAUUGGAUUGCUCGUCGGACACGAAAUGACUCACGGAUUUGAUGACCAGGGAAGUCAAUACGACUUAAAGGGAAAUCUCAAGAAUUGGUGGACAAAAGAAAUUCAUGAAAAGUUUGAUGAAAAGGCCAAUUGUUUUAUAACUGAAUACUCGGGUGAAUACGUGCCGGAAGUGAAAAUGCAUUUGAACGGCAAGAAUACCGUCGGAGAAAAUAUCGCAGACAAUGGAGGGAUGAGAGAGUCUUACCGCGCGUUUCAGGCAUACGUCCAAAAACAUGGUGAACCCAAACGCCUUCCACACGUCAGUCAAUACACUCCGGAACAGCUGUACUUCCUUUCGUAUGCAAAUGUUUGGUGUAGUCUUUGGAGACCCGAGUUAUUUAAGACCAUAGUUGAGUACGACUCGCACAGUCCCAUGAAAUACAGAACCAAUGUUCCCCUCUCCAACUUUAAGGCCUUUUCCGAUGCCUACAAAUGUGGUCCACAAACGCGAAUGAACCGAAAAGACAAAUAUCAAUUCGAUGUUUGCAAUACAAAUGAAUGUCAUAAGACUGGUAGACAACUAAGGGAUGCCAUGAAUGAGUCGGUCGACCCGUGCGACGAUUUUUAUGAGUUUGCGUGCGGGGGUUGGAUGGCACGGCAUACCAUUCCCGACUACAACGGAAAGUCGGACUCUAUUAUCAAUGGAGACGACGAGAUGAAUGCAAUUCUCACAAACAUUUUAUCUCAAAAGAUGUCAAAUGAAAACCAUUCAAAUGCUGUUAACUAUGCCUACGAUCUCUACAAAGUCUGUACGAAUGAAGGUUUGUAUAAUUUAAUCAAUGCUUAUAAGCAAUAUAUACUCCAAUCGGCACUACUAUUAGGCGCUAAGAAUGACAGCCAAACUCAUCAGGAUAUCGAGGAUUUAAUAGAAUUUGAAUCAAAACUGGCAAAUGCAACGUUUAUCAUAAAUGAUAUAAAAACAACGUUUAAUGAAAUGCUUAAAGAGAAUGAUUGGUUGGACGACAGGACCAAAAAUAUAGCACUAAUUAAAUUGAAUGAAAUGAAACAGAAUAUAGGAUUUGCUGAUUGGAUGCUCAAUGAUAAUGAACUGGAUAAUGUCUAUAAUUUGUUAAAUGGCAAGAAUAACAUCGGAGAGAAUAUAGCUGACAGCGGAGGUAUUAGGCAAACAUUCAGAGCCUACCAGUCCUAUGUUGAUAGACAUGGAGAGCCACCACGUCUGCCAUAUAUGACUGAAUAUACUCCCCAACAACUUUUAUUUCAUUCGACAGCUUUUGUAAGUUAA